AUUCUCACAAUUUUUAAUUAUUUGUUUUAUCGUAGAAGUUAUUUUGAACAGAAGAAACUCAAAAACUGCAUAAUUUAAGAAAUGGCCUUUUUCGAUGUAAAAAUGCAGCAAGGGCAACAUAAAUUUGACUGGGAUGAUAUUAAUGUAGGCAACGACCAACUGGAUGAUUCUCAAAAUUUUUUUGCAAAAAAACAUUACGAACACGAAAGAUUAGAUGAAAUGGAGUUCUUGCAAGAAAAAAUGGUGAAAACUGAACUAAACGAUUCUGUUGGAAGUGAUAAUAAAGAAAAUAUUAAGGCCAAUUGCGCAUCGCCGGUUGAUGAACAAAAUGACAUUAAAGUAUCAAAUUUGCAUUUGCUUCCGAACAAUGCAGAGUGCGCAGCAUCACCGGUUGAUGUGAAGAAAGAACCGCAAGACGGACAAGAGCUAUUUCUUCAAGUAGCUGUCAAUUUAGCGUGCGAAUGGUCAACAAAAAAAACAAUAUGCUCUCAAGCCGUGGCAACAAAAGGUGCUAUUUCAAAAACUAUGCCACCACCUCCGCAAGCAUAUUUGGUUAAAGAUAUAUACCAACGCAAUCGGGAAGAAGCUGAACGUCGCAGAUCGGAAGAGGAACGAAAACUCAGGGAAUUUCAUCCUCGUCCAGUUCCUAACUUCAACUAUCACCACGAACUGCUACAAAAACGUAAGGUAGCUCAUGCUGUUACAGUUGCCGUAACACCAAAAGUGCUGAAAAAAUCUCGUGAAACUGAAGAGAAACGCAGAAAAAAGUUGGAGGAAUGGAAAAAAAAUAAUCAGGCGCCAAAAUUUGAGUCAAGGCCUCCCACAGUUUUAAAAGAGAAGCCGUUUAUUCCCGAAAAGAAGCCGAUGGUUGUUCAAAUGUGCCCAUUUAAUUUACAUACGGAGAAACGGCUGCAAGAACGUAAACAUUACGAUGAAAUUAAACAGAAGGCUUUGGAAGAAAAACAUAAACAGGUAGAAAUUGAGGAAGAAGAGCGUAAAAAACUUGAAAAAGAGCGCAUUAGGGAAUUAAGAAAAGCUGCUACAUUUAAAGCUCGACCGAAUCCCUUUAAAAAUUAAGAAUUUUUUUAUAUGAGAAAACAUUUUUAUCUAAAAGAAAAAUUGUUAAACGAAGAAUUUUGCAAUUGUUUUUUGUUACUUACAAAAUAGUUCUUAUUGUAAAAACAACAAGUCGAAUACAUAUUUGAAUUUUUGUUUUUUUUUAUAUAAAAUAUCUGUGUACAUCAACCAACAACAAAAAAACCCUAAGAAAAAUGUACAUUGUUGUUGUAUUUAUCUCUAAAAAUAUUUUUUGGAUGUAUAACAGUUAAUUAAUAUCUCAAAAUCGUGUAACAACAAUAAUAAUACAAAUAAAUACACAUUUAGAUUUAUCGCAAACAACCAACCUACACAUUUAGAAACAAACACAUUCAAUUCAGACCCACACAACAAUAUCAAGAAAUAUGUAAUACCAACAAGUUUAAACUUACAAUUACAAUUAUAAUUUUUAUUAUUUUUGAACUACUUGUACUAACACUCUUUUUUAAACAUAGCUUUGAUGCAAUAUGUUGAAAAGGGAAACUUUGCGUUUAUGUAAAAAUUGUUUUAAUUAUAUAUUUUUAUAUUUCUUAGAAUACUGUAAUAAAUUUCUAUUGAUUUCGAUAGAGUACGUCUAUAAUAAAAUGUACUAAUUAUCACUCUCACUACUUUAUUUUAUUUGUUUUUUUUUUUUUUAAAUUAUAUUUUUUUUUUUACAAAAUUUUAAAUAAAAUGUACUCAGAUUCAGUUGUUAUUAAAUGUAAAUAAGUUUAUGUAAUUCGUCCCUGCAUCUAAAAAAGGUGAUAUGUGUAAUUUUAAAAUUGUUUCUUUUCUAUCCUCCGUUUAUUUACAAAAUUAUUUUGGGAUAUCUUUAACCAUUAAAUUAUUAAUUAAAUUUAUGUGUAAUUUUAUGCGGCUUUUAUAUAACAAAUAUGUAUACUGUUUUUUCACUCGUGAAAAAUUAGAUGCAUCGACGAUUUUUUUUACACUUAAUUACGUUGGAGAGUUUAUUAAAUAUGGAUGUAUGUAUAAAAUGUAAUAAAAUUCGUUCCCUUCCUUUUCUGGUUAAAAAAAACUCAAUAUUUUGUUCUGUGUAUUUAAUACUUCAUAAAUAUAAUUUAAUAAUAAAUAAAAUAGAAAAGAAAAAUGUCAUAUUCGAAAAAAUUUAGCUCAUGUUCCAUAGUGAAGAUCCUUUAUAGACCUAAGUGCAUUACAACAGUUCGAGUCGUAAAAUAGUGAAACUUCUUUAUACAUACAUAAAUUCAAUAACACCUUCUAAUAUUAUUAUAAAAAAAAAAUAUAACACAAAACAGACAUGAACCAUUUUAAUUUCCUUAAUUAUCCUUAUAUCAAUUUUAUCAUUUUGAGUUUGAUUUAUUUUUAAUAUUUUCUACAACAGCAACAACGUAUGUACAUGUAGUGUUCAAAUUUGUCGCCUUGAUAGUUUAGGAAUAACAUUAUACAAUAUUUAAAUAUUUGAAUUAAUUGCUAAAAUCUAUCUAUAAAUUGUCUCAAGAGUGGAUAAAAAUGUACACAAUAAUAAAAUAUGUAUACUGAUAUAUUAACAAUACUAAAUAGUUAACAAAAUAAAUUAUUUUUACAAAAAAAAAAAAAAACUGAAAAAAGUCUACUAAUAAAUAUUUAUUGAGAUCAAAAUAAAA